UAACGUGCCGAGUUGAAUAGCCUUAAGUCUUGGAAGAGGAUGGAAAGCAAAUGUGCAGUGAGCAGCCAUUGGUGAAGAAGCUGUGAUGCAACCUCAUGUCACGACUCUGUACUGGCGGGAGGCUGGCUGACAGUCACUCCCUGUGUGGCGCUGGCGCUGUCAAGCUUGCUGCUUCGAGUUGCCUCAUCUGCGACUUCUUCCUCACAGCCCUGGCCGUCCCUGUCCCUUGGCUCGCCUUGCUGGCCCGUUUCUUUCUUAACAAGCUUUUCCUCCUGAUUUCCUCAGUUUUAGGAGCCUGCCAAGGUCAGCCGGACAUGGCAGAGCAGGACCCCCCCGCCAAGAAGGCGCCCGCCGUGGGCACCCUGCACCAUUCCCACUUCAUCAUCGGCUCCGUGUCCGAGGAGAACUCGGAGGACGAGAUCCCGGGCAAGACGGACCUGCAGCUGGAGGAGAAGGAGCGGUCGCUGUCGCCGUCCUCCGUCAACUCGGACGGCUUGUACGAGCUGGGCUUCGAAGGCGUAGAUGGACCCACGCACAACCUGAGGCCCAGCAUGUCAGGGCUGCACCUGGUGAAGCAGGGCCGGGACCGGCGGCGCAUAGACCUGCAGCGGGACUUCACCGUGGCCUCGCCCGCCGAAUUCGUCACCCGCUUCGGGGGCAACAAGGUCAUCGAGAAGGUGCUCAUCGCCAACAACGGCAUCGCGGCGGUGAAGUGCAUGCGCUCCAUACGCCGCUGGGCCUACGAGAUGUUCCGGAACGAGCGCGUCAUCCGCUUCGUCGUCAUGGUGACGCCCGAGGACCUGAAGGCCAACGCCGAGUACAUUAAAAUGGCCGACCACUACGUGCCCGUGCCAGGAGGGACCAAUAACAACAACUACGCCAACGUGGAGCUCAUCCUGGACAUCGCCAAACGCAUCCCAGUUCAGGCUGUGUGGGCAGGAUGGGGCCACGCUUCCGAAAACCCCAAACUUCCAGAGCUGCUGCACAAGAAUGGCAUCGCUUUCAUGGGCCCCCCAAGCCAGGCCAUGUGGGCGCUGGGGGACAAGAUCGCCUCGUCCAUCGUGGCCCAGACGGCCGGCAUCCCGACUCUGCCCUGGAGCGGAAUGGGGCUGACCGUGGACUGGGCAGAGAGCGACCUGAAGAAGGGGAUGAUCAACGUUCCCCCGGAACUCUACGAGCAGGGCUGCAUCCACAACGUGGAGGACGGGCUGCAGGCUGCAGAGAAGGUGGGGUACCCUGUGAUGGUCAAGGCCUCCGAGGGGGGCGGAGGAAAGGGCAUCCGCAAGGUCAACAGCGCCGACGACUUCCCCAACCUCUACAGACAGGUCCAGACGGAGGUCCCCGGCUCUCCCAUCUUCGUCAUGCGGCUGGCCAAGCACGCGCGCCACCUGGAGGUGCAGAUCCUGGCCGACCAGUACGGCAACGCCAUCUCCCUCUUCGGCCGCGACUGCUCGGUGCAGCGGCGCCACCAGAAGAUCAUCGAGGAGGCGCCCGCCACCAUCGCCACGUCCGACAUCUUUGAGGACAUGGAGAAGUGCGCGGUGAAGCUGGCCAAGAUGGUGGGCUACGUGAGCGCGGGGACGGUGGAGUACCUGUACAGCCAGGACGGCAGCUUCUACUUCCUGGAGCUGAACCCGCGGCUGCAGGUGGAGCACCCCUGCACCGAGAUGGUGGCCGACGUGAACCUGCCCGCCGCCCAGCUGCAGAUCGCCAUGGGGAUCCCCCUCCACCGGAUGAAGGACAUCCGCAUGCUGUUUGGGGUGCAUCCCUGGGGGGACUCGCCCAUCGACUUCGAGGGCCUGUCCACGGCCCCCUCCCCCCGGGGGCACGUCAUCGCCGCCCGCAUCACCAGCGAGAACCCCGACGAGGGGUUCAAGCCCAGCUCGGGCACGGUGCAGGAGCUGAACUUCCGAAGCAACAAGAAUGUGUGGGGCUACUUCAGCGUGGCCGCCGCGGGCGGGCUGCACGAGUUCGCCGACUCGCAGUUCGGGCACUGCUUCUCCUGGGGGGAGAACCGGGAGGAGGCCAUCUCUAACAUGGUGGUAGCCUUGAAGGAGCUGUCCAUCCGAGGGGACUUCAGGACCACAGUAGAGUACCUCAUUAAGCUGCUGGAGACCGAAAGCUUCCAGCACAACAGUAUUGACACAGGCUGGCUGGACCGGCUCAUCGCAGAGAAGAUGCAGGCAGAGCGCCCGGACACCAUGCUGGGCAUCGUGAGCGGGGCGCUCCACGUGGCCGACGUCAACCUGCGCAACAGCGUCUCCAACUUCCUGCACUCUCUGGAGAGAGGUCAGGUGCUACCCGCCCACACCUUGCUCAACACCGUGGACGUGGAGCUCAUCUACGAGGGCACCAAGUACGUGAUGAAGGUGACGCGCCAGUCGCCCAACUCCUACGUGGUGAUCAUGAACUGCUCCUGCGUGGAGGUGGACGUUCACCGGCUGAGCGACGGAGGCCUGCUGCUGUCCUACGACGGCAGCAGCUACACCACCUACUUGAAGGAGGAGGUGGACAGGUACCGGAUCACGAUCGGGAAUAAGACGUGCGUGUUCGAGAAGGAGAACGACCCCUCCCUGCUCCGCUCGCCCUCUGCCGGGAAGCUGAUCCAGUACACCGUGGAGGACGGGGGUCACGUGUUCGCCGGGCAGUGCUACGCCGAGAUCGAGGUGAUGAAGAUGGUGAUGACGCUGACGGCCGUGGAGUCGGGCUGCAUACACUACGUGAAGCGGGCCGGGGCGGUGCUGGAGCCGGGCUGCGUCAUCGCCAAGCUGCAGCUGGACGACCCCAGCAGGGUGCAGCAGGCCGAGCUCCACACGGGGGCGCUGCCGCGCAUCCAGUCGGUGGCCCUGCGGGGGGAGAAGCUGCACCGGGUGUUCCACAGCACGCUGGACCACCUGCUGCACAUCAUGAACGGGUUCUGCCUGCCCGAGCCCUUCUUCAGCACCAGGCUGAAGGAGUGGGUGGAGCGGCUGAUGAAGACUCUGCGGGACCCCUCGCUCCCCCUGCUGGAGCUCCAGGACAUCAUGACCAGCGUGUCGGGACGCAUCCCCCCCGCCGUGGAGAAAGCCAUCAAAAAGGAAAUGGCCCAGUAUGCCAGCAAUAUCACCUCUGUGCUCUGCCAGUUCCCCAGCCAACAGAUCGCCAACAUCCUGGACAGCCAUGCGGCCACCCUCAACCGCAAGUCCGAGCGCGAGGUCUUCUUCAUGAACACCCAGAGCAUCGUGCAGCUGGUGCAGAAGUACCGCAGCGGCAUUCGCGGGCACAUGAAGGCGGUGGUGAUGGACCUGCUCCGGCAGUACCUGAAGGUGGAGGUGCAGUUUCAGAACGGACACUACGACAAGUGCGUGUUCACGCUGCGGGAGGAGAACAAGGGAGACAUGGCCAACGUGCUCAACUACAUCUUCUCCCACGCCCAGGUCACCAAGAAGAACCUGCUGGUCACCAUGCUGAUUGACCAGCUGUGCGGCCGAGACCCCACGCUGACGGACGAGCUGAUGGCCAUCCUGACCGAGCUGACCCAGCUCAGCAAGACCACCAACGCCAAGGUGGCGCUGCGCGCGCGCCAGGUCCUGAUCGCCUCCCACCUGCCCUCCUACGAGCUGCGGCACAACCAGGUGGAGUCCAUCUUCCUCUCCGCCAUCGACAUGUACGGCCACCAGUUCUGCAUCGAGAACCUGCAGAAACUGAUCCUGUCGGAGACGUCCAUCUUUGACGUGCUGCCCAAUUUCUUCUACCACAGCAACCAGGUGGUCAGGAUGGCUGCCCUGGAGGUGUACGUGCGCAGGGCCUACAUCGCGUACGAGCUCAACAGCGUCCAGCACCGGCAGCUCAAGGACAACACCUGCAUCGUGGAGUUCCAGUUCAUGCUGCCCUCCUCCCACCCCAACAGAGGGAACAUCCCAACUCUAAACAGAAUGUCCUUCUCCUCCAACCUGAACCACUACGGGAUGGUGCACGUGGCCAGCGUGAGCGACGUGCUCCUGGACACCUCCUUCACCCCGCCCUGCCAGCGCAUGGGCGCCAUGGUCUCCUUCCGGUCCUUCCAGGAGUUCAUCAGGAACAUCCAGGACGUCCUGAGCUGCUUCUCCGACUCCCCUCCUCCAAGUCCCACCUUCCCCGAGGGGGGGAACCCAGUCCUGUACGGAGAGGAGGACAGUAAGGUGAGGGGAGAGGGGGCGGCUGCACGUCCAUCUACUCCUGAACUGAGCAUCCAGGACGAGCCCAUUCACAUCCUCAACGUGGCCAUCAAGACGGACAGCGACAUCGACGACGACGGCCUGGCCGCCAUGUUCCGGGAGUACACCCAGUCAAACAAAUCAGUCCUGUUCGAGCACGGCAUCCGCAGACUGACCUUCCUAGUGGCCCAAAAGGAUUUCAGAAAGCAAGUCAACUGUGAGGUGGACCAAAGAUUCCAUAGAGAGUUUCCCAAGUUUUUCACCUUCCGGGCCAGAGACAAGUUCGAGGAGGACCGCAUCUACAGGCACCUGGAGCCGGCGCUGGCCUUCCAGCUGGAGCUGAACCGCAUGCGCAACUUCUACCUGACCGCCAUCCCCUGCGCCAACCACAAGAUGCACCUGUACCUGGGCGCCGCCCGCGUGGAGGUGGGCACCGAGGUCACCGACUACCGCUUCUUCGUCCGCGCCAUCAUCCGCCACUCGGACCUGGUCACCAAGGAGGCCUCGUUCGAGUACCUGCACAACGAGGCGGAGCGCCUCCUGCUGGAGGCCAUGGACGAGCUGGAGGUGGCCUUCAACAACACCACGGUGCGCACCGACUGCAACCACAUCUUCCUCAACUUCGUCCCCACCGUCAUCAUGGACCCCUCCAAGAUCGAGGAGUCGGUGCGCUCCAUGGUCAUGCGCUACGGCAGCCGGCUGUGGAAGCUGAGGGUGCUGCAGGCCGAGCUGAAGAUCAACAUCCGCCUGACGCCCACGGGCAAGCAGAUCCCCAUCCGCCUCUUCCUCACCAACGAGUCGGGCUACUACCUGGACAUCAGCCUGUACAAGGAGGUCACCGACUCCCGCACGGGACAGGUGGGGCCCAAAGACCGGCAGAUCAUGUUCCAGGCGUACGGGGAUAAGCAGGGCCCCCUGCACGGCAUGCUGAUCAACACCCCCUACGUCACCAAGGACCUGCUGCAGUCCAAACGCUUCCAGGCCCAGUCCCUGGGCACCACCUACGUCUACGACUUCCCCGAGAUGUUCCGACAGGCCCUGCGGAAGAUGUGGCAGUCUGUGGAAGGCCAGGCCGUCCUGCCCAAAUGCCCCCUCCCCUCCGAGCUGCUCACCUUCACCGAGCUGGUGCUGGACCCGCAGGGCCAGCUGGUGCAGAUGAACCGGCUGCCCGGGGGGAACGAGAUCGGCAUGGUGGCCUGGCGGAUGACCCUCCGGACGCCGGAGUACCCGGCGGGGCGCGAGAUCAUCGUGAUCAGCAACGACAUCACGCACAAGAUCGGCUCGUUCGGGCCGCAGGAGGACGUGCUGUUCCAGCAGGCGUCCGAGAUGUCGCGCAAGAGCGGCAUCCCGCGCGUCUACAUCGCGGCCAACAGCGGCGCGCGCAUCGGCCUGGCCGAGGAGAUCCGCCACAUGUUCCACGUGGCCUGGCAGGACCCCUCCGACCCCUACAAGGGUUUCAAGUACCUCUACCUCACGCCCCAGGACUACAAGAAGGUGUCGGCGCUGAACUCCGUGCACUGUGAGCACGUGGAGGACGAGGGGGAGUCCAGGUACAAGAUCACUGACAUCAUUGGGAAGGAGGAGGGCCUGGGGGUGGAGAACCUGCGGGGGUCCGGGAUGAUUGCGGGGGAGUCCUCGCUGGCGUACGAGGAAGUGAUCACCAUGAACCUGGUGACGUGCAGGGCCAUUGGCAUCGGCGCUUACCUGGUCAGGCUGGGCCAGAGGACCAUCCAGGUGGAGAACUCCCACAUCAUCCUCACUGGGGCUGGAGCUCUCAACAAGGUGCUGGGCCGGGAAGUGUACACCUCCAACAACCAGCUGGGCGGGAUCCAGAUCAUGCACAACAACGGCGUGACGCACAGCACGGUGUGCGACGACUUCGAGGGCGUUCACACGCUGCUGCAGUGGCUGAGCUACAUGCCCAAGUGUAACUCCAGCCCGGUGCCAAUCCUCAGCUCCAAGGACCCCAUUGACCGAUUGGUGGAAUUUGUGCCCACUAAGGCGCCCUACGACCCCCGUUGGAUGCUGGCGGGACGCCCGAGCCAGAGUCCGAAGGGCCAGUGGCUGAGCGGGUUCUUCGAUCACGGCUCCUUCCUGGAGAUCAUGCAGCCGUGGGCGCAGAGCGUGGUGGUGGGCAGGGCCAGGCUGGGGGGAAUACCUACAGGAGUGGUUGCUGUGGAAACCAGAUCCGUGGAGCUGUCAAUCCCAGCAGACCCGGCUAACCUGGACUCUGAGGCCAAGAUCAUCCAGCAGGCCGGCCAGGUCUGGUUCCCGGACUCCGCCUUCAAGACCGCCCAGGCCAUCAAGGACCUGAACCGGGAGGGGCUGCCCCUCAUGGUGUUCGCCAACUGGAGGGGCUUCUCCGGGGGCAUGAAAGACAUGUAUGACCAGGUGCUGAAGUUCGGGGCCUACAUCGUGGACGGGCUGAGGGAGUACCGGCAGCCCGUGCUGGUCUACAUCCCCCCGCAGGCCGAGCUCCGGGGCGGGUCCUGGGUGGUCAUCGACCCCACCAUCAACCCCCGGCACAUGGAGAUGUACGCCGACAAGGACAGCCGCGGUGGGGUGCUGGAGCCCGAGGGGACGGUGGAGAUCAAGUUUCGGAAGAAGGACCUGGUGAAGACCAUGCGGCGCGUGGACCCCAUCUACAUGAGCCUGGCAGAGCGAUUGGGGACUCCCGAGCUGAGCCAGCCCGAGCGCAAGGAGCUGGAGACCAAGCUGAAGGAGAGGGAGGAGUUCCUGCUGCCCAUCUACCACCAGGUGGCAGUGCAGUUCGCCGACCUCCACGACACCCCGGGACGCAUGCAGGAGAAGGGCGUCAUCACGGACAUCCUGGAGUGGCGCACCUCCCGGCAGUUCUUCUACUGGCGGCUGCGGCGGCUGCUGCUGGAGGACACGGUGAUGAAGAAGAUCCAGGCGGCCAACAGCGAGCUGACCGACGGCCAGGUCCAGGCCAUGCUGCGGCGCUGGUUCGUGGAGGCCGAGGGCGCGGUCAAGGCGUACCUGUGGGACAGCAACGAAGACGUGGUGGGGUGGAUGGAGAGGCAGCUGGCAGAGGACGAGGGGGCCAGGUCUGUCAUUGAUGAGAACAUCAAGUACAUCCGGAGGGACCACAUCCUCAAGCAGAUCCGCAGCCUGGUCCAAGCCAACCCGGAGGUGGCCAUGGACUCCAUCGUGCACAUGACCCAGCACAUUUCCCCCACGCAGCGUGCGGAAGUUGUGCGUAUCCUCUCCACCAUGGACGCCCCGGCCUCCACAUAAAGAUAUUACUCUGCCUCCGCCCCCCCCCCUCCCCCGACCUCUAAUUGGACAGGAGUUCUUCACAUGCUCACACACAUACACGCACACACACUCUGACGCCUCAGAAGAACUCCUUAAAUCCAUUCUGCUGUGCUGGAAACCGAGGAUAAGAGGAGCCAACAUGGCGCCCGUGGAGGGCCGGAGCCGCGAUGGCGGCCUUGCCUUCGAUGGCGUUACCUGUUGGCCAUGAUUCUGGUGGGAGACAGAGGUGCAGCUGGGACCGUUCUAGGGAACCGACUGCCUUAGAAAAUCCACAGUGGAACCGUAAAAUAGCGCACAUUUAAAAACUUACUGCUGAUACGUGUCGUGUUUGUAAUGUACUCUCUACCUGACGCGCAUGGUCAAGUGAGAGUAUCACUAUUUCUUCAAGUGCAAUUUUUUUUAAUGUAAACGGAGAAAACGGAGCACCGAACCACAGAAAUCAUGUUAUGAAGCCGGUAAGGAAGCUUAGGUCUGUUUCAGCCUGCCGAAGCUGUGGCCGUUCUCCAGACAGGAAGCCGCACUCUCAUCCACGACACCUAGCGAACCACACACGGAGGCAACGGCCACAAAGAAGUGUACUUUUUUUUUUUUUUUUUGGGGGGGAAAAAAAAGUCUUAAAAUAUUUUAUAUAUAUAUAUUAAAAAAUGUAUGUUUAAAUGGUUAACCCUGGUCAGUAAUGACAGCAGUAGCGUGGUAUUAAAGUGCAUGUUACCGAGGAGAAGGGAGCUCUUUUAGACGGAAAGCUUAAUUGAAUAGUAAAGCUGGGUAGGGGUGCACAGUAAUGGGGGGUUCAGCAGAAGAGCCAGCACAGUGCCAAAAACGAGGUGCAAAGUAUUUGAUCCCCGAUUAGUUCGUGGUGCCCUGUUUGCUUGGCCAAACGAUCUCCUUGUGUCUUCUCCUAUCAGAAAUGUGUUCGUCAAACGCUGAUGCUAAGAUCCCCCCCCCCCCAUCCCCACUAAAACAAAUAUAUAUAUUUUAAACAUGCAUAGCAAAUUGAAUAGAAGUAACUAAUUUAUUAAGUAACGGUCAUGAUAAACGGUAAGCAGAUGCAUACAUGUCUUUGCCCGGAGGCAGUUAGACAUGCCCGCGUCGUUUCAGUAGGACAACCCCACUGGCUGUGUUUGUGAUAUACUGUAAUGCAUAUGGUGUCUUUCAAGUUUUCGACUGUGUCUCAGCACUGUAUAGGAAGCCCUGGGAAGGGACGGCAGGUCGUGACGUCUCUGUCACCUGCUCCGCGACUCAAAGUGCAGCCGAGAAUUCUGAGGGUGGCCCAAAAAAAUGUGUGGAAGAAUAGUUUAAAGUUAAAAAAAAUAGAUGACCAGUAGAAAAGCGUGGGUAGAAUAGUCUGUCUCCUGAGGGAGUGGCUUGCUUCCAAAGCAGUGUUUGGUGCCUCUGAAUGGUUUAAUGCACUGCCUCCAUUGGCAGAGAGGGCCAAGCAUAAUCACUGUUCGUCUCUACUACAUUACGCACAGCCGUGACAUUCUCCCCUUCGCUUACGGUUGCUCCACAGCAACCAAUAGCAGCCAUGUCUGCUGGAGAGCCCUUAUAAUUGUUUCAGAUCAGUAACAUCAUGCUUCAAUUGAAGAGUCAAUAAUGCCUUCUUUUUUUGUUUUUUUUUUUGCCUGGUGGCCAACACAUUGUGUACUGGCAUUUAUAAAGUGACGUCGUGUAGAGUGAUGUAUCAGUCCGUCUUGAUGUUUGUAGUCCUGGUUGUCGAGAGCUGCCCUGUUUUACACUUGAGGUGGGAAGAGUUUGUGUGUUUGCUGGGGGAAAAUCCAGUUACCUCAAUCUGUUAUAUUAAUAAAGGAAAAUGAAUUACA